CACAUGCGAUCCACCGUUUUUAGUAGUGUUUCAGCUCCUGAUGGAAACUGAAAGUGAAAGUGUAUGCUCAGAAAUAGACGUUGUGUAGACAUUUAACUCCGUUAAUCAAAGCGAAAUUCGCCUACUUUAUGGAAAUAUUACUUUGUGUAAGAAAAGGUAGUCUGCACGUAAUAGUUGAAGAUGCAGAUCAAAAGCUUCAGCAUUAUUUUCAUCUUGUUCGAGUGCGUCAUUUAUUCUAACGGUUUCCUGCUACACGGCUCUGCUGGUCCUCUAACAGCCCGGCUGGGAGGAGCUGUACUGCUGCCCUGCUUUGUGGACAGACCCCUGCCUUUGGAGGAGCUGGAGGUGGACUGGAGAAGGACUGAUUCAGACACCAUCGUGCACCUAUUCCAGGGGGGUCAGAGCAGACCUGAAUCACAGGGGGACGCCUACAGGGGCAGAGCCCACUUCAUCCCUCAGGAAAUCUCCAAAGGCAACUUCUCUCUGCUGCUUGAGGGUGUGAGGACUGCAGAUGCAGGAGAGUACAAGUGUGUGGUUGAUACAGAGCAGGAGCACCAUGAAAUAUGGAUGGAAAUACAGGAAGCAGAGCGGCUGGUGGUGACGGGUGCAGAUGAGCCUGUCUAUGCACAUGCUGGAGAGGAUGUGACUCUCAGCUGCUCUGUGGACACCCAUGUUAAUGUGACAGAGCUUCAUGUGGAAUGGAGAAAGACAGACGAUGACGGUGACAUCAUGGUGCUUCUGUAUGCUGAUGGAGAGAACAGACCAGAGUCACAGGAUGGGAGAUACUCUGGAAGAGCUGAAUUCCUCACUGAGGAAAUUCCCAAAGGAAACUUCUCAAUGAAACUGAGGAAAGUCAGGAUGGAAGACAAAGGAGAGUUCAGGUGUGAAGUCCACUCAGAUACUGAUUCUGCCAUUAUAACUGUCAGGAUAGCAGCACUGGGUUAUUCAUCCCUGCAUUGGCUGAUUCUGUGGCUGUGCAUUGCUGUCACACCUGUAGUCCUACUUACUGGUGCUUUAUCUGUCAGGAAUUUAGAAGAUAAAAGCAAACAGGCUCUGCUGAGUCACUGGUCACAUGUCAUAGUCCCACCAAUCAUGGUUUCCACAGCCUUCAUCCUGUGGGGUGUAACUGAAGGAUCUGCAGGAGAGGCUGUUAUUUGUGCUGUCAUCAGUCUGAUGAAUAUCCUGCUGCUGUUUAUUAUGGCUCCAUAUGUGGACUCAAGAGGCAAGGUGGGUUACACUAGAUUCACGAUCUUGGCUAUAGGAAGCCUCAUCAACAUCACAGCUGUAUGUGCAGGUUCUCUCAUUGAGUUUGAAGCAAAAUAUUCCUCAACUCCAGCUGAGAAAGGAACAUUUAGUGGGAUUUUGGGUGAAAUCUUAUUUUUGCUCAUCUUUUUUAUUAUAUUCAGAAUUCUUCGUUUUGUGCUUUGGAUGAAAGAAUACCCAAUGAAAAUAAUUAACUAUAUUACAGGAAUAACUGGAAUUAUAUUUCUGAUCAUCACAGUUUCUUCCACAAUCGUAGUCAGUGUUUAUCUGGCAAAAUAUUACUCAGAUGCAGCUUGGAAAGAACAACUUGGAACAAUUUUAACUAUGUUAAUGUUUCCAGUUCUCAUGGUUUUAUUCCCAGCUGCUUUCAGUGUGGUUUGGAUAGUGCGCUCCCUUAAGACAACUGAAAAAGUAGAACUCGGAGAAAUUCUUGUAAUCUGGGGAUAUUUCAUCUAUAAUCCCACACUUUUUAACACGCUGAUCCUUGCUAUUUAUUCCCAUCUUUAUGCCUGGAUGCAAAACACAUUCAUAUUAGGAUAUUCAAUUUCAGUUGCAGUAGCUGCCUUUGGAUUAAGUUCCUUCAAAUGUAUUAGGGAUUUUUUGUGGCAUUAUAAAAUGUUUUUGGAGGGAUUUCACUAUUUGGCACAGAAAAUAUUUUUGGGGAUAUCUUUCAUGGUUCAUCUAAUAUUAAGUUUCCUGUAUCUCCAUUUGAUUCUAGAAAAUGACAAAGCACGACCUGUAAAGAUGUGCGAGUUUGUGUUCAUCUACAUUCUGACUGUCACAUCAAGCUUUCGGGACUGGCAACGGGAUAAGUUAUUUGCCAAACCCCGUAAAUAUGUAUAUUUCUCAGGGGUUUUUGCUCUCCCUCUCCUGAAUUCUGUUGCUCUGGCUGUAGCACUAAAACUCAAAGCAGACACAGGAAAACAGCCACUGGAUCUACGGCUGAUUGUCCUGAAUUCUGGGUCUGUCUUCCUCUUUGGCUGGAUUGUUAUACAGAUGUCUGCAUACUGGUUGGCCAGAAAGGAAAAAAUAAAGACAGCUUACACCCUUCUUCAGAGACCCCAAGAUCCUGAGCCAGACCAGACUCGUAUGCAUCUACAAGCUUCUUUCUGAAGGCCUCAGAGCUCAUUGGAUCUCACCAUGAGAUCAUGUGAAAAUCAGGAGAUGGAAGCCUAGUCAUCCACUGAUCCCAAAGAACUGAGCACAAUGGACCUGCAAUGAAGACCUUUCACUUCUCAUCCAAAAGGCUUCUUUGGUUCUAAAAGUCUAAUGGGGAGUUCCAAGCAUUUAUCCUCUAAUGAGUAAAUGUUCCACACCUUGGCUCAAGUGACCCUACCGACCUAUUGGACAGCAGGGUGUGUCAACGACCACAUUCAAGGUGACAACCCCACUAGAGGAUAAAUACAGAUGGUUUCUAUCUCCCAGCAUGUCGUAAGAUGUGCAAGGGCUACAAGGCUAACUUCGGCAUGCCUGUUGGAGAUCAAGACAAGUCCUGGGCACCUCAUUUUCACAGGUGAAUAUUGCAAGAAAACUCUUGAAGGUAAGGUGAACAUUUGCUGCUCGCUUAUAUGGCAAGGAGUCAGCAGCUUUCAAGUACCUCCAAGAUCUUUUUCCAAAGCUGUCCGAGGCAAAGGUCAAGGCUGGUACCUUCGUCGGACCGCAGAUCGAGAAGAUCAUAGAAUGUGACGAGUUAUUCCAAGCUGCUGAACAGUAUGGAGAAAAAGGCUUGGAACAGUUUCGUUGCUUUUGUUCUUGGCUUCCUGGGUAAUCACAAGGCUGAGAACUAUGUACAGUUGGUUCAGACUCUCAUAAAGAAUUACGCCAAAAUGGGAUGCAGAAUGUCUCUCAAACUCCAUAUCCUUGACGCUCAUCUUGACAAAUUCAAGGAGAACAUGGGCGCUUCCUCACAGGAGCAAGGCAAGCGCUUUCAUCAAGAUGUAUUGGACUUUGAACGUCGUUACCAAGGACAAUAUAACGAAAACAUGAUGGGGGACUACAUUUGGGGGCUUCUUCGAGAAAGCGAUUUGCAGGUCACUCGCAAAUGUAGAAAACCUACUCAUUUCUGAACCUUUUUGAGUGAUUUUUGACUGUCUUUGUCUAUUUAUCAUGCAAGUGUUUUUUUUUUUUAUCAGACAUAAAUAUGACAUUUUUCUGGGCUGUGGUCAUAAAAUCAAAAUUUGUGCUGAAUGUAGUUGUUUUUCCAUAGGCUUUAGACAUAAGCAGCUGAAAUACAACACUUGGAAGCCAGGAACAAAAAUUGUGUUAUCAGUGAUCUGUUACAGUUACAGAGGUGACUAGGCUCAAACACGUGACUAAAGGGUUAUUAGCCAAACUCUCAGCCCACAGCACCACACAGCAAUCCAGGAACUUAGGGAAGCACACAAAGGACUUGGGCACAGGGAGAACAGGAUGGCCAGUGACACCUGCUGGCCAAAUGGGGAGGAGACAUGAAAGGCUGGGACAGACGGCUGCUGACCCAGACACGCUGUGCAUGAACUUAUGUGAUUUCACAUAAAGCUCCAUGUGAUAAAUCUAAAGAGAUUCAUUUGUUGUUAGAUUAAAUAAAAAAGCAUCUUCAGAUAUUUGGUGCUGAGUAUAUGAGUAACUGCUGCUGUUUUAACUGCGGUGUUAUUUAUUUAUUCAUUUUUAUCUUGUAAUGUCUCUGUGACUUUUCUUGUAUCUUUGUGGUCUGUCAGUUAAUUUCGUUGUCCAGGCAACUGAACAAUGACAAUAAAAGUCUUGAACUUGAA